AUGACUAUAGAAGGCAACAAGGACGAGGCUGAAAAAUGCAUAGCAAUAGCUCAAAGUGCCUUUGCUGCGGGAAAUAUGGAGAAGGCUGAGAAGUUUCUGUUGAAAGCGGAACGUUUGUAUCCUACUACACUUGCCAAGGAUCUUUUGGGGCGUGUGAGGGCAGCAGGGCCUUCGUCUCCGGGCGUUAAGCGAACUCCUCCGAAUAGCCCACAAGCCGAAGAAGUUCGAAGGAGGAAAACUCCUGCCCAUCAGCCAGCUCAAAGAGAGUAUACACAGGAGCAACAAGAGGCUGUGCGACGCGUGAACAAAUGCAAAGAUUUUUAUGAAAUACUUGGCGUGUCCAAGGAUGCUCCCGAUACAGAAAUAAAGAAGGCAUACAAAAAAUUGGCAUUGCAGCUUCACCCUGACAAGAAUCAUGCACCCGGAGCUGCAGAGGCUUUCAAGGCUAUCGGCAACGCUGCAGCAAUACUAACGGACGCCGAGAAACGCAAACAAUACGACGUCAGAGGUGAUGAGCCUGUUCCCUCUCAGCACACUCAUCACCAGUACUAUGCAAGAGGGUUCGAGUCUGAUCUCACCGCUGAGGAACUGUUCAACAUGUUCUUCGGAGCAACAGCCUUCCCUGGCGGUGGCCCAACAGUAUACACCCGUCGUCGAGCCCGUGAGCCCGAACAACGCGAGCCCCACGCGGGUCUGGUGCAGCUACUCCCGGUCCUCGUCCUUGUGCUACUCUCCAUGAUGUCCGGGUACUUCAUCAGCGAGCCCGUCUACAGCCUGGCACCCAACUCUAAAUAUCCUGUACCUAGAGAGACGGCUAACCUUAAGGUACCAUAUUAUGUGAAAGACAAUUUUCACACUGACUACCAGGGUUCGUUACGGCGACUAGAGAUGGCUAUAGAGGAAGAAUAUAUAGUGGGCCUCCGGCAUUCUUGUCAACGCGAGAGGAAUUACCGUGACAGUAUGGUAUGGAAGGCGCGAAACUUUGGAGACGAACGACAAUAUGGAGACGCUCAAAGACUGCGGACACCAAGUUGCGACAAACUACACAAGUUCCACCGGUAG